UCCCUUUAUUUGAUUAGGGAGAGAGGGGAACCAGAGAAGAUUUCUCAUCAUGAGCAGCAAAAUCGUCACAGCAGCAGCAUGUUGUGCAUCAUUUCAUGCUAAAGUGGUCCCCUGUUCCCGUGGGUCGACGUCUUCACGGCCGAGGCGCUCCCUAGUGGCGGGAAGGAGAAGUGCAGCUGCCGCGGGGGGGUUUAAAAGCAGCGAGUGGGGAGGAGCGGCAAGUCAAUGCGAGGAGCUACACAGGCAAAAGUUGAUCUUUCAUCCAUCGUGCAAGUGCAUCCAUUCUAAGGAGAGGAGACGAAAUGGCAGCCCAGACUCACCAACCUCACCUGCACCUGGCCGAGCUCACUGCAGCUCAGUUCAUCGACAUCUGGAAACAUUUUGAUGCAGACGGAAAUGGCUACAUCGAAGGGAAGGAACUGGAAAACUUCAUUAGAGAGCUGGAAUUGGCCAGACGAGGAGCAGGCGUGGAUCCUUCACAUGCUGCAUUCAAGGAGAAGAUGAGGGAGUUCAUGGCCAGUUUCGACAAGAAUUCUGAUGGGAGGAUUGAGAUGACAGAGUUGGCUCAACUUCUGCCCACAGAAGAAAACUUCCUGCUAUGUUUCAGAGAAUUUGUGGGAUCCAGCACUGAAUUCAUGGCCGCUUGGCGAAGGUAUGAUACCGAUCGUAGCGGAUACAUUGAGUCGAAUGAACUGAAGGGCUUCCUGACAGACCUGCUGAAGAAAGCCAACACAAGUUAUGAUGAUAAGAAGCUCAGUGAAUACACGCAGACAAUUCUAAGAAUGUUUGAUCUGAACGGCGAUGGGAAACUCGGUCUCUCCGAGAUGGCAAGGCUCUUGCCGGUACAGGAGAAUUUCUUGAUGAAGUUUCAGGGCAUCAGGCUCACAGUCAAGGAAUUUGACUCCCUCUUCACACUCUACGAUAAGGAUGGUAAUGGCUACAUCGACGAGCAGGAGUUGGAUGCUUUGCUGAAGGACCUCUCUGAUAAGAAGAAAAUGGACGUAGAUGUCACAGGACUCUCGGGGUACAAGAAAAGUAUCAUGGCUCUGUCGGACGGAGGGAAACUGUUUCGCAACGAGUUGGAGAUCGUCCUCUGCCGGGACUCUGAGCUGUAAGAAUCCCCCCCCACCCCACCCACUGCCUCCUUCCUACCUCCUGGUGCAUGUAUGACCCUGCUUACACUGCUAGAGAGAAAACUAAAAGUGCUCCUAAAAGCACUCAGUCAACUGCUGGCCCUUAACAUUGAAUAUUUUUAACAUGACGCUCCAUGGUGAAAUA